GGGGGGGAGAGGAGAAAAAUAUAUAUAUACCUGACCGGCCCCCACACCGCUCCCCCUUCUCGCUUCCCGCCCGUCCCCUCUCCGCCCAGCGCAGCCCGCGGAGUCCCCUUCGGCUCUGCCCAGCCCGGGCUGGGGGCCCGGGGGCGGCGGCGGGUCCAGACCGGCUCCCGGGCCGAGCCGAGCCCAGCCAAGCCGCGCUGGCUUCUUUGUCUGCGGGCGGCGGCUGCCCCGGCCCCGGCCCCCGGCCCCCUGGCUCGAGCUGUGAGAUGAAUCUCUAAUCGGUGGACGCCGGGCACCCGGGGCGAAGGCGGCUCGGGCUCCGGAUGUGUAGGUGUGGGCCAGCCCCACCCCACCCUGACAAGUGACCAUGGAUCCUGGAGCCGGGCCAGACUCAUCUCUGACUGUCAAUGAGCAGGUCAUCGUGAUGUCAGGCCAUGAGACCAUCCGAGUUCUGGAGGUUGGAGUGGAUGCCCAGAUCCCUGCUGAGGAGGAGGGCAAAGCGCUGGAAGGUGUGGCCGCCGAGGGCUCCCAGAGCGGAGGCCCCGCCAAAGCCGGUGAAGCUGGGCCAGACAACCCAGACUCCUCCGCAGAGGCAACUGUGAAGUCACUCCCGGGGAUGCCGCCGAGCCCUGCCCCUGCCGUUGCCACCUUCAGCCAAGCCCCAUGCCAGCCUCAGGCAUCGCAGACCCUGACGCCACUGGCUGUACAAGCUGCCCCCCAGGUCUUGACUCAGGAAAACUUAGCCACAGUUCUGACAGGAGUUAUGGUUCCAGCAGGGGCAGUUACUCAACCUCUUCUUAUCCCCAUCAGUAUUGCAGGUCAAGUGGCUGGUCAGCAGGGGCUGGCCGUGUGGACAAUUCCUACAGCAACCGUGGCUGCCCUCCCAGGACUGACCGCUGCUUCUCCCACGGGGGGAAUUUUCAAGCCACCUUUAGCCGGUCUCCAAGCAGCUGCCGUGCUGAAUGCCGCUCUCCCGGCACCUGUUCAAGCUGCCCCACCGGCCCAGGCCUCCUCGCCCACCCGGCCCCGACCGCCAGCCCAGCCCCAGACGCUGAUCCAGACCCAGCCGCUGCUGCAGACCACACCUGCCAUUCUACCGCAGCCCGCUGCUGCCACCGCGACUGCCCCCACCCCCAAGCCAGUGGACAGCCCCCCACAGAUCACCGUCCAGCCUGCAGGCUUCGCGUUUAGCCCAGGAAUCAUCAGUGCUGCUUCCCUCGGGGGACAGACCCAGAUCCUGGGCUCCCUCACUACAACUCCGGUCAUUGCCAGCGCCGUUCCCAGCAUGCCGGGCAUCAGCAGUCAGAUCCUCACCAGCGCUCAGGGACAGGUUAUUGGAACACUUCCGUGGGUAGUGAACUCGGCUAGCAUGGCGGCCCCAGCACCAGCCCAAAGCCUGCAGGUCCAGGCUGUGACCCCCCAGCUGUUGUUGAACGCCCAGGGCCAGGUGAUCGCAGCCCUGGCCAGCAGCCCCCUGCCUUCUCCCGUGGCUGUCCGGAAGCCAAGCACUCCUGAGUCCCCCGCUAAGAGUGAGGUGCAGCCCAUCCAGCCCCCGGCAGCCAUGCCCCAGCCAGCUGUGGUCAUCGCCAGCCCAGCCCCAGCCGCCAAGCCAGCUGCCUCUGCUCCCAUCCCGAUCACCUGCUCAGAGACCCCUACUGUCAGCCAGCUGGUGUCCAAGCCACAUACCCCGAGUCUGGAUGAGGACGGGAUCAACUUAGAAGAGAUCCGGGAGUUUGCCAAGAACUUUAAGAUCCGGCGGCUAUCCCUGGGCCUCACACAGACCCAGGUGGGUCAGGCUCUGACCGCGACGGAAGGCCCAGCCUACAGCCAGUCAGCCAUCUGCCGGUUUGAGAAGCUGGACAUCACGCCCAAGAGCGCGCAGAAGCUGAAGCCAGUGCUGGAGAAGUGGCUGAAUGAAGCCGAACUCCGGAACCAGGAAGGCCAGCAGAACCUGAUGGAGUUUGUGGGAGGCGAGCCCUCCAAGAAACGCAAGCGCCGCACCUCCUUUACCCCCCAGGCCAUAGAGGCUCUUAAUGCCUACUUCGAGAAGAACCCGCUGCCCACAGGCCAGGAGAUCACCGAGAUUGCUAAGGAGCUCAACUAUGACCGGGAGGUCGUGCGGGUCUGGUUCUGCAACCGGCGCCAGACGCUCAAGAACACCAGCAAGCUGAAUGUCUUUCAGAUCCCUUAGGGCUGAGCCCCCAGCCCUGUGUUCCAGCACUUUGUACCUUCCCUUGGCACCCGGCUGCAGCCACCACCCUGCGGCAUCUGUCAUUCUGCCACGCGUGGCUGUGUUUGUCCUGGGUCGUGAGACUACACUGUGCGCCUGUGUUUCGGCCCCCUCCCCCUCCCGCCAUAUCGUCCACAUCCUGGGGAGGGCAGUGGGGCCCGCCUGAGACCUCCAGGCUUGGGGAUGGUCACGCCAAGGGAGGGGAUCUGUGGUGUCACUUGAAGAAGCACUUUGCUAAUGUGGUUUUUGAAGGGUGAAUUCUGGUUGGGAACCAGAAACUCCCCUCUCUGGGGCAGGGCUGCAGCAGCCUCUGAGGACCACUGGCCAUUAGCUCUUGUUUUCGACGGCAUUCUCUUUCCACUCUCCCUCCUCCUUUGCUCCUCUGGCAGGUACUGCGGCUAGUGCAGCGGAAACACAGCCUCACCGCUCCCCCCCCCCCCGCCCCCCGCCCUCUGCCUGCAGGUACACUGUCCCCUGAAGGAACCCAACACAUACAAUUCUGAAAAGGGUGAUGUGCUGCUCAGAAGGUCAGACUCCAUGUCUGCCUGGACCUCAAGGUCAGAAGGUUUCCACAGCCCUGGGGCCAGAACAUGUGAUCUCCUCUCCCAUCUCUCCCCGGUUCCUUUGGGAGGGUGGAAAAUUGCCCUGAAGCAGAACCUUUUCUUUUGUAAAUCAUGUUGGAAGGAAGCAACAGUGAACUCUAGCUGUCCUGGAGUUGACCUGGGUCUGUAGCAGGUUGGGAACUUAGUCAAUAAGGCCAUCCUCCCAGAUUUUAAUCUGAUCUCUGUCCGUGGCCAUCUCCACAUCAGAAUGGUGUGGUUAAGAGAGCUUGCAGCCUGGAAAAUCCCCCGGCCCAGCUAAGCAGGCACUCGGGGGAAAAUGAGGAAAGGAAUGCUGACUCUCUCUUGUCCUCACACUCACCCCCCCCCCCCCAGUCCUGGGCCCUUCUCAGAAGCAGCAAGUUAAACAAGAAGCCAGACAGCAAGGCCCUGGGGAAAAAAAGCCAAGAUCCAGAAAGAGCUGAUGGCAGCCCUGGAAGGUCUCUUUGUGGAAAGUGACUUAACUCUAAUUUUCUUUGGAACUUGAAGUCUUGGAUACUGGAGGAGAAAUCUAACUUUGUCCAGAGUCUUAGACCACGUGUUUGUGUAAGCAAUCCCCCCAGUCCGCUUCUGAGCUAAGAAUACCCCUGGAGCAGGCUGGGUUUUGCCUUCAGAGAGGGUAGCUAUGGUACAUUGGGGGUUGGCAUCUCAUCCGAGCUGUUAAGUGAGUUUCCCAGCCUCACUGUGGCUGGGCCUCCCCUGGAAUUCGGUAGGGGAUCAGGAGAGCACUGCAAGGUUUGCUGAGAUGAGCCCAGACUUGCUGUGUAGACUAGACUUAAAGGGUCACACACAAGUCACAGGGGUCAGCCACCCCGUCCUUUCACAACUCCUGUCCUUACAGCGCCAGGUCUCUAGGAGCUGCCUCCUUUGCACCUCAUACAAUAAACCCUGAAGAAGUGACUGCCGGGCAAGGGCACAUCACCUCUGUCGGACACUGGUGCAGAGCCUAGCCUCGCUGCCUCUGGCAUGCUGCGUUUCCUUUCCUGCCUGCAGCUGCUCCCUCCCAGGCCCUACAAAGCCAGUGUGGGCGCCCUCUUGGUAGCUCUGCCAGUGAGAGGACAGUUGUGUGUCCAAUGGCCCGCUCCCGCCUACCCCACGCCGCUGCAUCCUGACCAACCAAACGUGCUCGAGUGUGGUGGAGGAUGAGGAAGCAGGUGGGCACCUUGUCUGCCCCAGCCUCCCGGGAGAGACUACGUCUCCAAGGGUAAGGCUCCGCGCUCAAGUUCAGGGUUAUCAACCUGUCUCAAUGAGAUGACGAGCUCACUUGAGAGGGGUGUUGUAAACAAGGUUUCAGUAAGAAUGAAGUAGUACCAGAGUUUGUAAAGGAUUCAAUCACUUAUAGUUCAAUAAAUUAGACAGAUAUGGGUUUCUACCCUCAA